AUGGCGGGUUUAGCGAAAGCAAAGGCUGGUCGACUCAUGGCUGUUAUUGGUGAUGAGGAUACAUGCACAGGGUUUCUAUUGGGAGGAAUAGGUGAACUGAACAAAAGUCGGCAACCUAACUUUCUGGUUGUUGAUAAAAAUACAAGUGUGAGUGAGAUAGAAGAAAGCUUCAAAUCUUUCCUCAGACGAAAUGAUAUUGCCAUAAUACUGAUCAGUCAAAAUAUAGCUGAGAUGAUUCGACAUGUGAUUGACAACCAUCUAGAGCCUAUCCCAGCAGUAUUAGAGAUCCCCAGCAAAGACCAUCCUUAUGACUCCAGCAAAGACUCCAUUCUCAGGAGGGCCAAGGGAAUGUUCUCCGCAGAAGAUUUCAGAUAGAUAUUGUGGCUGGUUUAGUUUGGCUGGGAAGACAUUCCAGGAGUUAAGCAUACAGAUCAAGAGUAGGCCAGGAGUAUUUAGGAGUGGACAAGGAACAAGUUAGGAGUAGACCAACAGUAGGUUAGGAGUAGAUCAGGAGUACAUUCAGAGUUCAGGAUCAGACAUUAAUGCAUCUGUAUAAUUUCAGUUUCUUUAACAACAUUUGUAGGCAAGUAGCAGCCACUGCCUCUUAAUUAAGUUAAAGCUAAAAGAAUUAAAAUCCAGUGUGUAUAAUUUCAGAUUUAUAUAUUUAUUGGAGAUGAACCUUGGGACUUUUGUUUUAAAUCCUGUCCGAAAUCUUGGCAAUCUCCCAAAACUGAAUCAGUGAAAGUGUUCAGAGAAGUUAACAGAGACUGUUCGUAUCUUUUAUUUGGUGCUGUAAGGGAUAUCUGCUAGGUGUCUGCAGGUGUGGUUAAGUGAUUUAUCCGAUCUGUAAAGCAUGGCUGUAUUAUAUGUGUGUAGCUUGUACAAACAGGAUUGUUUUCCCCAUAAACAUCUCAUUGUCUGUAUUAUGUAGCUGCGGAAUGGAAGAGAAUUAAAAUAUAUUAUGUGUGUA